CCACACUGUGCCCGUGAGGAGGCCACGCCAGGCCCCUGCGUCCGAGCUGGGGUUGGGGAAGCUGUGUCUGAACAAGCCCCUCUAUGGGAUUCUGGCGCCUGCUCAGCUUGACAACGCGCUCGUCGUGGAGCCCAGCAGACAGGCGGCCUGACCCGGAGAAAAGGCAGGACGGCGGGUGCCCUGCCAGGGAGAGCCGCCGCCGCUGCGUCUACAGGAGGCAGAAGAGUAAACGUGGCUGGGCAGUGGAUGUGCAGCUCACGUCAGAGAAUUUGUGCUUUUGGCGAGGAGGGACCAAGCCUCACCACGGAGAAGGACACCGUCACCGGCGUGCAGGCUGCCAACCUGCCACUCUGGGAGGCCCCACGCGGCCCCUGCACCUCUCAGGAGGGCGCUGGCGCUGGGAUGGUGGCCGGCCAGGCAGGGGUGGCAGGAGAAAACCCAUCCGAGUCCUGCAGGUCAGUGCCCUGGGCAUCCAGUGGGGCCGGGAGGGGUGUCUGAGCGCAGCCACCUUCUAUCCCCGGCCUCAUGUGGCCCCAUCAGCCCAACUGGAGCGGCUGGAAAUGACCAUCACCAGGCCUGGCCAAGGUGUGGUCCUGGAAGCCAGGACAGUUGACUUCCGGCCAUGACUCCCAG